AUGCAGAGAGCUGGAGGCGGAAGCGCCCCCGGGGGCAGCGGCGGGGGCAGUGGUGGGGGCCCGGGCACUGCCUUCUCCAUUGACUCCCUGAUCGGGCCACCGCCGCCACGCUCUGGCCACUUGCUCUAUACCGGCUACCCCAUGUUCAUGCCCUACCGGCCCCUCGUGCUGCCGCAGGCGCUGGCCCCUGCGCCGCUCCCCACCGGCCUCCCACCCCUCGCCCCGCUAGCCUCCUUUGCCGGCCGCCUUACCAACACCUUCUGCGCCGGGCUGGGGCAGGCUGUGCCCUCGAUGGUGGCGCUGACCACCGCGCUGCCCAGCUUUGCAGAGCCGCCGGACGCCUUCUACGGGCCCCCAGAUCUCGCUGCUGCUGCUGCUGCUGCCGCCGCCGCCCGAAACAACCCUGAGCCCGGCGGCCGACGCCCAGAGGGUGGACUGGAAGCCGAAGAACUGCUGCCGGCCCGGGAGAAAGUGGCAGAGCCCCCACCGCCCCUGCCUCCGCACUUCUCAGAGACUUUCCCAAGUCUGCCGGCUGAGGGGAAGGUGUACAGCUCAGAUGAGGAGAAGCUGGAGGCACCAGCAAGAGACCCAGCAGGCAGCGAACAGGAGGAAGAGGGCUCGGGCGGUGACAGUGAGGACGACGGUUUCCUGGACAGUUCUGCAGGGGGCCCGGGGGUUCUCCUGGCACCUAAACCGAAGCUAAAGGGAAGCCUGGGGACUGGAGCUGAGGAGGCAGCCCCAGUGGCAUCAGGAGUCACGGCUCCUGGGGGCAAAAGCCGGAGGCGCCGCACAGCAUUUACCAGUGAGCAGCUUUUGGAAUUGGAGAAGGAGUUUCAUUGCAAGAAAUACCUGAGCUUGACAGAGCGUUCCCAGAUCGCCCAUGCCCUCAAGCUCAGUGAGGUGCAGGUCAAGAUCUGGUUUCAGAAUCGGAGAGCCAAGUGGAAGCGCAUCAAAGCUGGCAAUGUCAGCAGCCGUUCUGGAGAGCCCGUAAGAAACCCCAAGAUUGUUGUGCCCAUACCCGUGCAUGUCAACAGGUUCGCUGUGCGGAGCCAGCACCAACAAAUGGAACAGGGAGCCCGGCCCUGAAUGGGGCUCUUGAGGACUUCAGAAGGCAAAGGAUUCGUUUCCUGGGCUUGCUUAGAGACUGGGUUAUGGCUCUGUGGACCAGGGAGCUACCACUAUGAUUCUGCCCUAGCAGGCGGCUCAGUUGGCAACUCACUUAGCUCUAGGUAUGCUCUCCUGGCAAUCCGAGAUAUGGGCACGUGUCCUUGAGCCUAUUCCAGAGACCCUCAGGACUGGGGCUUCAGGAUUGAAGGGGCUUGGGUUCUCAUUGCCCAGGAGCUUUUGGGACUGAGGUGGACUCCUGGGGAGGUGUUGGGUUCUAAAAUGCCUAGGGCCUGAAAGGUUCCUGGAAUCACUUCUGACAGGGGUGGGGAAGAAUCCAGGGUAAUGACCAGCCAAGCUGAUCACAACUCCUUAUUUAUUUUGUGUAAAGUUUGUAUAUGUGGAUCUAUCUGCCUCUGUCUGUCUGCACUGAGAGGGCUUGGGAAAGUUAUGUUUCCUCGAUCCUCAACCAGAGUUUAGUUCCAUCUUACUGCCGCGGAGUGGUUACCGUCUUGCCUAUCUAUAAUACAAGGACAUGCAGAGAAACUAAAUGGAA